CUCUCCUCGUUCUCAAACCACUAGGCUGCUCUCUCUUCGUCUCGCUCCUGAUUUCGCGAACCGAUCCUUGUUUUGUGCGAGUGCGUCGAGCUUCAGUGUGGUGGGCUGCGGGCUGUGCGCAGAGACCGUGCGCUCCUAGCGGCCGCGCUGUUGAAACCCAAAGGCAGAAAGAGAGGAGGAUGUUGAACUGUAGAAUGACUGUACAUUUACAGCGCUGAGCACAUGGGUCUUUCGGGAGCUGCUUCUCGCUACAAUAACACAACUUUCUGGAAAUGCAUGAUAGCUGAAGUUUGGUUUGCUGCCGAGUCGUCUCUCCAACUAUGGAGACGUCGCUGAAGAUUUGAAAGGUGCCAGAGACGCGUCUCAAGGACCCGAUAACGAGCGGAGAAGUAUAGAUACUAUGCUGUGUUUUCCAGUGUGGACUUAAAUUACCUUUCUUUCAGACUCUGUUCGUUACAGCGUGUACAGUAGGUCAUCUUGUCAAACAGCAGAGACUGCAGAGGAACUCACGGGGCAAGCAGGGAUAAUAUCCAAAGACCGAGAGUUUGGAUUCAAGGUUCGCUGUGUAUUUACAUCCCGCUCUGCUCCGGGUAAACUACUACUUUAAAUGGAUCCUCUCUGUUUCUGGACCUUAACACUGGCUUUUGUCAGUAAAUAGGGCCCAUCCAUAACUCCUAGAAACACGGAAUUGACUUGAUUGUCAUUUUGGACAUCUUUCUUUCUGUAGUGAAAUCGAGGAUUUACGCGCCCGCCGUGGAUGGUUAAUAUGCUAGUAUGGGUCCGCUAGCGUUCAUCCUUGUCAGUGGACUACUGUAUUUUCAAGUUGAUGGAUCCCGUCUGCGCCAGGAGGACUCCCCACCCCGGAUUGUGGAGCAUCCCUCUGACCUGAUCGUAUCCAAAGGGGAGCCCGCCACUCUCAACUGUAAAGCAGAGGGGCGGCCAACCCCGACAGUGGAGUGGUACAAGGAUGGAGAGCGGGUGGAAACAGACAAAGAUGACCCACGUUCCCACCGUAUGCUGCUUCCCACCGGCUCGCUUUUCUUCCUUCGCAUCGUUCAUGGACGGCGGAGCAAACCAGAUGAGGGAGCCUAUGUCUGCGUGGCCCGGAACUACCUGGGAGAAGCUGUGAGCCGCAAUGCAUCUUUGGAAGUAGCAUUGCUGAGAGAUGACUUUCGACAAAACCCUACGGAUGUAGUGGUGGCAGCAGGAGAGCCAGCAAUCCUUGAGUGUGUCCCUCCCAGAGGGCAUCCUGAACCCACCAUCUACUGGAAGAAGGACAAAAUUCGAAUUGACGAUAAGGAUGACAGGAUCACUAUUCGAGGAGGGAAACUAAUGAUCUCCAACACAAGAAAGAGUGAUGCAGGCAUGUACAUCUGUGUGGGCACCAACAUGGUCGGCGAAAGGGACAGCGAGACAGCACAAGUCACUGUAUUUGAGAGACCAACCUUCCUCCGGAGGCCAAUCAACCAGGUGGUCCUGGAAGAGGAAACGGUAGAGUUCCGCUGCCAGGUGCAAGGAGACCCCCAACCCAAUGUACGCUGGAGGAAAGAUGACAUUGAUGUUCCUCGUGGGAGGUAUGAGAUCAAGUAUGACAAGGAGGACUAUGUGCUGAGAGUGAAGAAGGCUUCCAUUAAUGACGAGGGCACAUUCACCUGUGUCGCAGAAAACCGUGUGGGCAAGCUGGAGGCCUCCGCCACCCUCACAGUCAGAGCUCGCCCCGUCGCUCCUCCCCAGUUUGUCAUCCGUCCAAGGGACCAAAUCGUGUCACAAGGCCGUACUGCUACCUUCCCAUGUGAAACCAAAGGAAAUCCACAACCUGCUGUCUUCUGGCAGAAGGAGGGGAGUCAGAAUUUGCUCUUUCCCAACCAACCCCAGCAGCCCAACAAUCGCUUUUCGGUGUCGCCCAGUGGAGCCCUGACCAUCUCAUCUGUGCAGCGGGCAGAUGCUGGUUACUAUAUUUGCCAGGCCCUGACCGUUGCAGGCAGUAUCCUCGCCAAGGCUCAACUGGAGGUCACAGAUGUGCUCACAGAUAGACCUCCGCCUAUUAUUCGCCAAGGCCCAUCCAAUCAGACCCUGGGGGUUGACAGUAUGGCGCUACUGAAGUGUCAGGCUUCAGGAGAUCCUAUCCCCUCCAUCAGCUGGCUGAAGGAUGGGGUCAGUCUACUAGGAAAGGACCCCCGCAUGUCGCUGCAGGAGCUGGGCAGUCUGCAGAUCAAAAACAUCAGGCUUGCAGACUCUGGGAUCUACACAUGUGUGGCCACCAGCUCCAGUGGCGAAACCUCAUGGAGUGCCUUCUUGGAAGUCAAAGAAUCAGGUGGAGUGAUUGUAAUGAAGAACCAUGAUGAUAAUGAGCUUCCAGGCCCACCAUCUAAACCUCAAGUUACCGAUGUCACCAAGAACAGUGUGUCCCUGUCCUGGCAGCCUGGGCUGGCUGGAGCGUCUCCUGUUUCCUCCUAUGUCAUUGAAGCGUUCAGUCAAUCAGUGAGCAACAGUUGGCAAACAGUGGCAGACCACGUCAAAACCACCCAGUUCACUGUCAAAGGUCUCCGUCCGAACACAAUCUACCUGUUCAUGGUGCGAGCUGUGAACAGCCAGGGCCUGAGCGAUCCAAGCCCCAUGUCUGAUCCUGUCAGAACACAAGAUAUAAGCCCUCCAGCUCAGGGUGUGGACCACAGGCACGUACAGAAGGAGCUCGGCGAGGUCAUAGUUCGCUUGCACAAUCCUGUUGUCCUGAGUCCCACAACCAUUCAGGUCACAUGGACAGUGGAUCGUCAGUCCCAGUUCAUCCAGGGUUACAGAGUUCUUUACAGACAGACAUCGGGACUGCCAUCACCAGGACCAUGGCAGACCCAGGAUGUGAACGUCCCCUCAGAGAGAAGUGUGAUCCUCUCUGGUCUCAAGAAAGGCAUAGUUUAUGAGAUCAAGGUCCGGCCUUAUUUCAAUGAGUUUCAGGGCAUGGACAGUGAAUCCAGGACUGCAAGGACCACCGAGGAAGCUCCCAGUGCCCCUCCUCAGCAGGUAACAGUUCUGACCGUUGGAAACCAGAACAGCACUUCCAUAAGCAUCUCCUGGGACCCCCCGCCACCUGAUCACCAGAACGGCAUCAUCCAAGAGUACAAGAUCUGGUGUCUUGGGAAUGAGACGCGUUUCCAUGUUAAUAAGACAGUGGAUGCAGCCAUACGCUCUGUAGUGGUGGGUGGGCUGCAGGUAGGAGUAGUGUACCAUGUGGAAGUGGCUGCCAGCACAAGUGCAGGGGUUGGCGUGAAGAGUGAACCCCAGCCUAUUAUCAUUGGUAAAGAGUUUCGGGACGUGAUUAUACAUGGAAACCGGAACAACAGCAUCACAGAGCAGAUCACAGAUGUGGUGAAACAACCUGCUUUUAUCGCCGGUAUUGGGGGGGCCUGCUGGGUCAUCCUCAUGGGCUUCAGCAUCUGGCUGUACUGGAGAAGGAAGAAGAGAAAGGGUCUGAGCAACUACGCAGUUCAGUCCUUCACCUUCACCCCUGCAGUGACAUUCCAGAGAGUUGAUGGGGGGCUGAUGAGCAAUGGAAGCCGCCCAGGCUUGCUAAAUGCCAGUGAUCCAGGCUACCCCUGGUUAGCAGACUCUUGGCCAGCAACCAGCCUGCCUGUCAACAGCAGCUCCGGGGGACCAAAUGACCUGAGUAACUUUGGUCGAGGAGAUCUCCCCACUGGACAAGGGGAUAAGACGGGCACCAUGCUCUCGGACGGAGCCAUCUACAGCAGUAUAGACUUUACCACAAAAACCAACUACAACAGCCCUGGCCAAACAUCCCAGGCCACUCCCUAUGCUACCACUCAGAUUCUCCACUCCAGCAGCAUCCAUGAGCUGGCUGUGGACCUGCCUGAGGCCCAGUGGAAGGCCUCGUUGCAGGCCAAGCAGGAGAUGGCCAACCUGGGCUACUCCCUGCCCGACAAAAACUCCUGCAACAACACCCUCCUAUUCAUUCCUGACUACCGAUUGGCCGAAGGAUUGUCUAAUAGAAUACCACACAACCAAUCACAAGAUUUCAGCACCACCAGCUCUCACAACAGCUCAGAGCGAAGCGGCAGUCUCUCAGGUGGAAAGGGAGGAAAGAAGAAGAAAACAAAGGCUGGCUCUAAACCUACUAAAGCCAAUGGGUCCAAUUGGGCCAACGUUCCCCUGCCCCCUCCUCCUGUUCACCCUCUCCCUGGUACUGAGAUGGACCAUUAUCCCAAUGAUCACCACGACGGGGGAGGGUAUGAGAGCGAUGGUUGGGGACCGCCCAUGCCUGUGCAGACAUAUCUCCACCAGGGCAUGGAGGAUGAGCUGGAGGAAGAGGAAGAAAGGGUUCCCACCCCGCCUAUCCGGGGGGUCGCCUCAUCCCCCGCUGCUGUGUCCUUUGGACAGCAGUCCACAGCCACCCUGACCCCCUCUCCCCGAGAUGAGAUGCAGCCCAUGCUCCAGGCCCAUUUGGAUGAGCUGACCAGAGCGUACCAACUGGACAUGGCAAAACAAACAUGGCACAUGCAGGGAGGCUCUCUUCCUCCCCAGGCUCCAGCUCCUCCAGUGGGCUACGUGUCGAGCACAAUGGUUUCCGACCUGGAGACUGACCUGCCUGAUGAGGAGGAGGAGGAGGAGGAAGAUGAGGAGGAGGAUGAAGGCUAUGGAGCCAGGCAUCCCCGCGGAAUUGAGCACACACCAGGGUCUAGCAUGGACAACCUGGACAGCUCUUUAACAGGGUCCAUGGUGAAUGGGUGGGGCUCGGCCUCAGAAGAUGACCGUAAUUUCUCCAGCCAUAGGUCCAGUCUGGGCAGUUCAUCUGAUGGCUCGAUUUUUACCCACUGCAGUUUUGCCCAGGCCCUGGUGGCUGCUGCAGACAAGGCAGGCUAUCGCCUUGAGGGCACUAGCCUCAGCAAGAGAGGUAAAGGCUUGUCCCAUAGGCCUCGGCCCAGCAGUCCAUUUUCAACAGAUGGCAGCACAGUCGGCACACACAGCUUGGGCCACCAGAGGGCCACUAGGCCAACUCGCAAACCCAGAAGUCAGGGCACAACACCCCAUCGGAGAGAUGCUGGUGCAGACGACCUACCUCCUCCACCUGAGCCUCCUCCCUGUCAGGGGCAGGGCCGUAUCCAGGGGGGCCGCAGUAUAAACAGCAUGGCGCCCCCAACAGAUAGGAAGGCUUCUUCCUUAGAACGCCCGCCUAUUUCAGGAUCCCUGUGUGGGCCAGAAGACAUGAAGAGCUCUAUUGACAGACAGACGCGCACUUCUUUGGAACAUCAUCGCCAGGUUCAAGACAGGCUGGGCUCUGCAGACCGAGCUGAUGAUGGCCGCAGGGGCCACAAAACAGAAGAGGGGUGUUUGCCAUAUAGUAAACCAUCGUUCCCUUCCCCUGGUGGCCACAGUUCUGGCACAGGCUCCUCCAAGGGCUCAACAGGGCCACGCAAGACUGAGGGUCCACGACAACCACAGCAGUGGACCGCCACAGAGCAUGCUGAAUUUCUGGGGACCAACGGACAAGGACAGUACUCAGGAGAGUUAUAGUGAUCUGCCUGCAGUUUAAACUGGAGAGAACCUGUUCUCUCUUUGGAAGAGUGACACCCUCUUUGCCGGGGUAGUGAACUUUGUCCUUACCUGUGUGUUCUCAGAGGGAAGCAGUGCAGCAAUGAGAACUACGGAGAAAAACAGUGUCACAGAACUGUAAAUGCGAUGUAUAGACACAGACAUACUGUACAUCUUACUAUGUUUUUUGUCCUCAAGAAAAUAUUUUCCACCUCCUACCUUACUCCAAUUUUCUUUUUGUUAGAAAAAGGCAAGUUAAAAAAGAAAAAAAUCAAAACAUCUAUAAGAGAACAAAUUUUCUGGUAACUGCCCUUGAGGAAAAGGGGAUUUUGUUUCCUGUAAAUAUAUUCUUUAACUUGUUGUUGCAUUGCUAUGCAAGCCUGAUUCUGUUUGAGCUUUUUAUUUCCAUAUACAGGAACAGUUGGGUUUUAUCUGGUUAUUUGUAUUAUAUGUGAAAUGAGUGGCUGUUGUGCCAUAAAAUAAUUGUUUUAUAAUCCAUUGUUUGUUGAUAGCUACCAUUAAUUAUUAUCAUUAUUAUUGUUAUUAUUAAUUAUUGUUUUUGCACUGCAAUUUUUGGUGAUAAGCACAAAAAAACAUAGCUCCUGCUGACAUGAAGAACCGGAAGAAUAUGUGAAGAGGAGUUUCUGUACUGUAAAGUAGAGAGAAGAAAAAUAUAUGCUAAUGUACAGAGAGAUAUUAAAGAGUAAUGCUUUGCUCACAGACAGCAACAAAUAAGGCGCCCAUUUCCACAGUUGAGACAAAUUGGGUGGCAGACACACAAGGUUCCUGAGGGUCUGAAGGACAGAUACGAGGCCAAAAGAAGUACAGAAAGGAUUCUGUAUUGCUGUAGUUGGUUAUUUAACCCCUAAAACAAUAGAAAUAUCUAGUUUUCGAUGUUUGGGGGCAACUCCAAGCAUUGGCUCCAUUCUAGUACAAGGGUUUCCGAGCAUUUCAAAUUCUUUUUCUUUUUUUCAUUUCUAUUAGGUUUUACUACCUAAAUAAUUCAGUAAAACAGCACACUUAGAAUAAAACGGUUAAAAGGGAGGAGUCGCUGAAAUCUAUCCGCAUGCUGCAGUCCGGUCGGAGCACUUACAAAGGCAGAUUUGUGAUUCUUCUAUGGCCUUAAUAGGUAGGAAACACAAACAAAGGAGCAUUUAUUGUUAUUAGUGGUAAUGUUACUCCUAAAUCAUGAGUGGAACAACAGCAAUUGUUUACAUCUUUUGUGUUUUUGUUUGUUUGUUUCAUUUUAUUGUCUUUUGGUUACUAAUAUUUUUUUAAUUGUUUGAUUUUUACAGCACUUACUCUUUGGUGUUUGUGAUGUUGUCACUGGGUACAGUAUGAUCCAGGAAAACAACACACCGACCUGCUGGGUUCAGCUGGGUGCUGUUCAUUAAUGAAAUCUACAGAAGCGGCGGUUGGCCUCCAGUAUGCUAAGAUCAGCACAGUCUUGUGUCAGUGAUGUUAAGGGAUAAAAAUGAGUGCGUAUGUUUUACAACGUAGCUGUGAGUGGAGCGAAAAUGGAGAAAGGCCUUGUAUAUUAACUAGUAGGUCUCACUGCCUCCAUGUGUGCAACCCGAGUGUGGAGCAGAACACUUUCUGUCUGCCCGACUGCCACAACACACACACACACUUAUGUUUUGCCGCUUUCAACUUCUCAGCCUCUGAUUCUCAAUUGUUGUCUUUUUCAAUGACUUUUUUUUCUUUUUUGGUUGUCCUUUUUUUAAUGAGAAGCUUGUUUCUUUGUAUGCCUUUUAUGGACUCCAAAACGCUGCUUAAAACAAUGUUUUCAAUAUUAAUGUUCAGGAUUUUUGUGGUUUAAUGACUGUUUGUUUUGUCUUUUUUUGUACUGCUAAUGUUGAUAAGGGGGGGGUGGGAAACUAAAGGCCAUCAGAUGCUGUUGUACUGUUGUCGUCAUGCCAUGUCAUUUUGUUUUUUUUACCAUCCACCCAGUGGCCAGUGUUCUGGAAAUGAGGUGCAAAGAGUAUCUCAGGUUAUUUUACAUUCUGGUGGUGUUUAUGUAUGUGUAUAUAUGUGUAUAUAUCCAUACGCAUCUCCACUUGAUUAUGCCAUUCCAUUUCCAUUGACAGUUUAUCCCUCUCAUGUCUGAUUCUGUCGUCCCCUCUUUUCUUUUCUGCUGUGGACUUUGAGUAUAAUGUGCUGGUUCAUCCACCUUAAGAUGUCAGUAAAAGAACAUACCAAAUUAAGAUUGUCUAAUGCGUUUUAGUGUCUCUUUAAUACUCAUUGUUUUCUUUUAAAUCACAGUGUCGUUUUGUAUUUAUUAAAAUGAUAAUAAAAGUAUAUUGUGAAAUAUGCAUAAAGAUUUGUGAGAUAUAAAAUGUGUUUUUUUUUUUGUUCCUUGUAAAGUUUGGUGUCAGAGCCGAGCAGCGAGGCCAUAAUGAGAUGAAAGGCACACUGUGCUCACAGCAUGGUGAAGUGCCGGGUCAGUAGUCGUCACUCUUCGUCUUGCAUGUUCACUGCACUGCUCUUCUCAUGUCAAAACUGAAGAAACUUACAAUCCUUUCAACACAAGGAGUAAAAAUGCUCACAAUUUGCUUGUCAGGAGGACAAAGGAUAAAAGUGCUUUUCCUCUCCUUUGUUCAUUUUCUCAAUAUUGUUGGUUCUUUGUAGCCUAUCUGUGUGUUGCCUUUUUUGCUAUAAAAGAGGAUUAAAAAUGACAAAAAGAGAAAGGUGUUGGGUGAAGUCUUUCUGUACAGUAAAGGGUGAGGUCGACACCCUGAUCCAAUGCGAUUUCUACAGUACGGUACAUUCUCCUUUUUUCCCCCUGUAAACCACCUUCUGUAUUCACUUGCAUGUCCAAGAAGAGAGUGGAUCAAGAAAAUAAACUUUUACAGCUUCAUUCCCACGUCCUGUAAGAUACAUCCAUGUUCUUUUAUUUCCUUGUACCUGGAUCAAUAUCAAAUAAAAUAUUUUUGAAA